AGUGCCUUGAUCUCUACAAAGGGUGAAGCCACUUCAGAAAAAGUAGAAACGUGUCGCGUCCGGCUAUCCUGACCAUAAACAAUCCUUAUGGGAGCACAUUGGCUAUGUUGUGGAGGACUUUUCUGGCCGCCGUUCAUUAUGGACGAGGGCUCGGUGCCAGUGGCUGAGGACCCGGGAAGGAGGCGGAGAGUGCACGGCAUGUUGAAGCUGUACUACGGGCUGAAUGAGGAAGGAAAGGCCCCGGAGCAGCCGGAGUCCCUGGAUCCCUGCGACAUCAAUGGGCCUCAUUUUGACCCGGAGCUCUAUCUCAACAAGCUCAGGAGGGAGUGCUCUCUCACGGAGCUGAUGGACCAGGAGACCUGUAUGGUCAGGCAGAUCCGCUCUUUGGACAGCGACAUGCAGACCCUGGUGUAUGAAAACUACAACAAGUUUAUAUCAGCUACAGACACCAUAAGAAAGAUGAAGAAUGACUUCAAGAAGAUGGAAGAUGAAAUGGAUUGUCUGUCUGCUAACAUGGCUGCGAUCACAGAGUUCAGCGCUCGGAUCAGCGGCACUCUUCAAGACCAGCAUGCGCAGAUAACCAAACUCUCUGGUGUUCACACUCUGUUGAGGAAGCUGCAGUUUCUGUUUGAACUCCCUGCAAGGUUGAAUAAAUGUUUGGAGCUGCAGGCCUACGCUCAGGCAGUGAACACCCACCGCCGUGCUCGCUGCGUACUGCAGCAGUACAGCCACCUGCCCUCCUUCAAGGGAAUUCAGGAUGACUGUCACGCCAUCAUGGACAAGCUGGCACAGGAGCUUCGACAGAAGUUCAGGGAUGGUGGGUCAAGUGCCAAAGAUUUAUCAGAGUGUGUGGAGCUUCUGUUGCAGUUGGAUGAGCCAGCAGAAGAGCUCUGUGAUAAAUUCCUGAGCCACGCGCGGUCUCGCCUUGAGUCAGAUCUUCAGGGCCUGGAAGCAGAGAUAAGGCCGUACCCGUCCACCUCAGCCACAAAAGAUGCUUCCGUGCAUGGGUUGUCGUCUACAACAGCCCCCGGAUCGCCGGCCGAUGGCUCUCCCAAAAACAGCUCUCUGCCUUCCCCCGCAUCAAACACUGACAUUCUGGAAUUCAUCGACAGAGGCUGCAAUGAGUUUGUGAGCAGUUUAUGUUUGGUAAUCACGUCCUAUCAAGAACUGUUUAUCAACCAUGCUCAAAAGGGUGAGCUGGCAUCCAAAAAUAUUCCUCAGAUGGCAAAUGGCAAGCUGCAUGUCUUUGUGGAUGAUCUGGCUGCUCGAUAUUUCAUGCUUGUCGAGCGGAGGAUACAAGAGGAGAAAGGGGUCGGGGAUAACUCCCUACUUGUACGUGCGCUGGACCGCUUCCACCGCAGACUCCAGGCUGUGGCCAAACUUCUGCCUGGCUCAGCUGUGCCAAACAAGGGGACGGAGAUUGUGAUACGGGCGGCAACGGAGCGAGUCAAGCAGUACCUUUCCGCUCUGCAGAGCUUCUACAUGGACAGCUUGACAGACGUGAGGCAGGCUCUGGCAACUCCUCGUCUCUCUGUGGCUGGCACUUCUGUGGCUGGGCCAGCCUCUGGCAGAGACGCUCCAACCAGCCUACCAGAGCUGCUCUCCUCCCUGUCAGCCUCAAUUCUCAAUCAGAUUAAGUCGGUGCUGGCGUCAGUGCAUCUCUUUACAGCUAAGGACAUCACAUUCUCCAACAAGCCGUACUUCAAGGGUGAAUUCUGCAGCCAGGGUGUACGUGAGAGCCUGGUGGUGAGCUUUAUCAAGUUUGUGUGCCAGUCUUCUCGGCAGUUUUGUGAGACCGCCGGAGACAAAGGAGGUUCAACUCCCCCAGCCCUUCUGUUGCUGCUGUCUCGUCUUUGCUUGGACUACGAAACCUCUACCAUCUCCUACAUACUUACUCUCACAGAUGAACAGUUCCUUGUACAGCACCACAGUCCCGUAACACCUGUUACAACUUUAUGUGCAGAAGCCAGGGAGGCAGCACAGAAACUACUCAACCAUUAUGUCAAGGUUCAAGGUCUGAUUAUCUCCCAAAUGUUAAGAAAAAGCGUUGAAACCAGAGACUGGGUUAACACCAUCGAGCCAAGAAAUGUCCGCGCUGUCAUGAAGAGAGUGGUAGAGGACACCACAUCCAUUGAUGUGCAGGUUGGUCUCUUGUAUGAAGAGGGCGUGAGGAAAGCACACAGCAGCGACUCCAGCAAAAGGACUUUCUCUGUCUACAGCAGCUCCAGGCAGCAAGCCCGCUAUGCUGCCAGCUACACCCCAAGUGCUCCCAUGGAUACCAAUCUGCUGAGCAACAUACACAAGCUGUUCUCUGAAAGGAUUGACAUCUUUAGCUCAGUGGAGUUCAACAAGGUGUCCGUGAUGACGGGAAUUAUCAAAAUCAGCUUAAAAACAUUCCUGGAGUGCGUCCGCCUGCGCACUUUUGGCCGAUACGGGCUGCAGCAGAUCCAGGUGGACUGCCACUACCUGCAGAUGUACUUGUGGCGCUUUGUUUCCGACGAGAAUCUCGUGCACUUCCUGCUAGAUGAGAUCGUUGGAAGCGCCGCCCACCGCUGCCUGGAUCCUGCACCGAUGGAGCAGAGUGUGAUAGAAGUUAUCUGUGAAAGAGGCUAAGGCUCGGGGGGAUGGAAAGAAUUACACUGAAAUCAUGAAUCCAAAUUUAAACACUUCUUUUCUGUUCAACACUUGCUGUUCAGUCUGUUGAUCCAGAUUGAACGAGUCAGGAAUUAUUAAUUUUUCAACACUAAAUCAAACAGUAGUAGCUGUUAACUGACGUCAAAUUUGUGGCAGAUUUAAAUUGAAGUGCUUGUCAUUAAAGUGCAAAUGAGCCUGUACCACUUUGGUUUGAUAUUGCAACUGUUACAAACUAACAAAAUCUUCUCCAUCUCCUCCUUAUACAAAGAUAGAGUUGAAUAAUCCACUGUACAAGCUGAAGCUUUUAGCACCUGUUUCACUUGAAGGAUAAAAUAUUGACCUUACGUACAUAAUAUUAAUGACUAAAGAGAGAACCUGUGUCCUGUGAAAAUCACAUGUAUUAAUAAAUAAUUUUUAAGAGUGCUUUGCUGAAUAAUAAUUUUCUGAUUAUGUAAUCCAUGUGUGUCUACCUGCUACCUUCAUGUCGUUUGAGUCUCUGUUUUCUGGGCUUGUUUCCAUGUAAGGAAUGUUUAAAUGUAGCUUGUCUGCAAUAAAAGUGUAUGAAUGUGGGA